UCCGCCGCGCGCGCGGAACGGGACACGGACCGGAGCUCUGAGUGAGGAAACGCAGGUAAAACGGAAUCUAAGCUUUUUUCCCCCUUUUCCUUUCAAAAAAAAUGUUUUAACAGAGGGGAGGAAAGGACCCACCCCCCUCACCACCCACACACCCCUCCUUUCACCGCUACCACCUUUUUUUUUAGUUUUAGUUUUGCCUCCUCCUCGGACCUCUGCACUCUUCUGGAGACGCCAAGUUUCUCGCGCACAAAAGAAGAGGGAUGCUGCGCGUCGCCGAGCCGCACUUGCACUCAGAGGGGACCUAAAAGUGGACCGGAGCGGAUUGUACACACUUCAUCUGAUGCAAGCGCACCAAACGGACACUUUUUAUUGACGCGCUCCAUAAAAUGAUCUCCAUCGGCGGCCAGAUAACAUGCCGCGUCUCGUCUGAUGUUUGACACAUUCACGGAACCACCCGAGAUACUGGAGGAGGAGGACAUUGGAAAGUCAGAGAAUCCACUCCGAGCCGCGCCGGCAUCCUUUUUUUCUUCUUCUUUUUUUUUUUUUAACUGGAGUCCGAACCAACAGAUCGCCGUCCAGAUGCAGUUUCGACUCUUCUCAUUUGCCCUGAUCGUAUUGAACUGUAUGGAGUACAGCAACUGUCAGGCGCCGUCGCACCGCGGGAGGAGGAACAAACGAGCGAGCUAUGGAACGUACCCCAUCUGUAAAGGCUGCUCGGUGUGCUCCAGGGACAACGGCUGUGUGAACUGCCAGCCGAAGCUCUUCCUGUUUUUGCGGAGGGAGAGGAUGAGGCAGUACGGGGAGUGUCUUCACGACUGCCCGGCCGGAUACUACGGCAUGCGCAGCCCCGACCUCAACAUGUGCUCCAGGUGCAGGAUAGACAACUGCGAGUCCUGCUUCAGCAAAGACUUCUGCACCAAGUGCAAGUCGGGCUUUUACCUCCACAAAGGGCGCUGCUUUGAGAAGUGCCCCGAGGGCUUUGCCCCGCUGGAGGACACCAUGGAGUGUGGAGAGGGCUGCGAGGUGGGCCAGUGGAGCGAAUGGGGAGCCUGCACCAGGAGAAACAAAACCUGUGGCUACAAGUGGGGUCUGGAGACCCGGACGCGGCACAUUGUAAAGAAACCGCCCAAGGACACAAUACCCUGUCCCACCAUCGCCGAGUCCAGGAUGUGCAAAAUGGCCAUGAGGCACUGCAGGAGAGGUGGCUCAGGGAAGCAGCGAUCCAAAGAACCAAAGAAGAAGAACAAGCAGCGGCUGCGGUUUCGGGCCCAGAACCAGCACAGCGACCACUUGGCCUCCGCGCGCUCCGGCCAGUGACGACCGAAACCCGCGGACUUCCCAUUGAACGAAGAAGCAACGCAAAGCUGCUAGCCGCUGCACCCGUAUUCUGACCCGACGACUAUCACAACCCCCCCCCCCUCCAUCCCCCAACACCCCCACCCUUGCCCACCAGGGCCCAACCACGACUCACAAGCCCGUUGCAACAACAAGAAAAACACACGUCUCACGUACGCCAGUAGCAUCGACACACUAAACACACGCUUCACGCCUCCCCGCUGCUUCUCCCCCGCUGCAGUGACCGGCCAGGUGACUCUGUUCUCUCGGCCCCGCCCCUCGCCUCGCCUCGUGGACCUUUGCAGUUGACAUUACUGGACUCAUUUCCUGUCAUUAACAAUGUCAUUAACCGUGCAGGGUGAUGGAAGACGGAGGGGGCAAACCGGAGACUGUGGAGGCGGGAGAGCCGGAUAGAAGGGAGGUGGAUGGGAGAGGUAGGGAGGUAGUUGGCAAGCUACACAGCUUUCAGAAGGGGUGGGGGGCGGCGGUGGAGGAAAGAACGAGGACGAAGAGACAAGAAGAUUCGGCUGAAGCAAAUGAUGCCGAUGGACAAGAAAAUGGCAUCUUGAACUGAGAGAGACUGUUUUUUUGUUCCUAUAUAUUUAUGUCAAAACUACCCUCACCUUCCCCUCUAAACGGAGACGGAGCGUUCCCAUGUGUGGCCUUUAUGUUAUGUACAUUUUUGAAAGUAAUAUGAAAAGAAAUUUCCAUGCAUAGUUGCAAAGUAUUUUAUUCUCAGCACACUGUUUACUGUUUACGUUCAGACCGCUUUAUGCUCUAACUGUAUAGUGUGGAUGAAUAAAGAAAAGAAAUGUAGUUGUUCGACUAGCAUGGCAUUUCAUGUGUACAUAGUUUAUCUAAUUAUGAAAGCUUAUUACUGUAUUUUCAGUAUUGACUUGUUCACCGUUUUAAAUGUUUUAGAGAUAAAAAGGUUGUAAUACCGAGCUACAGAUUAAAAUUAUUAAAAAUAAAUAAUAAACAUAGCCGCCACAUAGCUAUUUCAUUUAUAUGGUAUAUAUUUGAUUUAUUUAUUAAUUCUAUUUUGUAUUUUUUUUGUUCAGUGAGAACUUUUGCCUCAUGCUGUUACUCUUAUAUGCUGAAAUAUUCUUUGAGUUCCUUAUAACAGUGCAUAUCUUUAACACGUGGAAAAGGUUUUUGUCUGACGUCACGCAAAGUGUUGUAUUGCAUUCAUUUGACCUCAUCUACUGAUUUCAAUGUUUUAAAGUAAGAAGAAAAAAAGAUAAAAACUAUGCUUUGACAUAUUCUAGGUUUAACGAUUAGGAUCCAGCAAAUGUAUGGUCAUAGGACUGCAUAUGUGUACAUUGUGUUUUAUUAAAAUACAUUUCAUGUGACUGUA